AUGAGAUUAAUAGUUUUAUCAAUUUUUUGUAUCUGUAUAACAUUCACUACUGCAAUUGGAUUCAAAGGAAAAAUUGAAGGGAUCCCAUCUGUGAAUGAACUUUACCACACCAAGAAUAAAAUUGUUCCCAAUGGAGAUAAUUAUAACAACAGAAUAUCCGUUGAUCUAUAUUUCUCAAACUCAUUCACGCCCAUUACAACAGUGGUUGAUUCCAAAUACAAUUUCAAGUUUAAUAACUUGGAAUCUGGGGAAUAUGAAUUACUUGUCAACUCAUACGAUUUUGGUUUCGAACAAAAUAGAUUCAAGAUAAUUGUCGAUGACGAAUCGAUUGUUGCUUACGAACAUGGGAUUGGCCAAGAUUCAUAUAAUACAACUUCCAUCACUAAUCUUAAUGAGAACCCAUUACCCAUCAAAUAUCUUGCUACAAAAGAGUUUUAUGAGUAUCACGGAGGAAGCCUUAGUGAUUUAUUGAUGAAUAGUCCAUUUGGAUUCAUAUUCAAGAAUAGGUAUAUGACUAUUGUAUUUACAGCAUGUCUUGCAAUUAUGGCUGCUCCAUACAUUCUUCAAGUGGUUAGCCCCGAAUUUGCUGCUGAAUUGAACCAAAUCCAAGCACAAACUGCUAAGGAAAGAUUAGGUGAAAAAGUUAUCGAACCAUCAGAAUCUACAGUCAGAUCAACUGGUAUCAACAAAUCUCAAGGGGCUGUUAAAAAAAGACGAUAG